GUAUACAACAUCCAUUCACCUGACCAGAAGGUGCUCGUGCGACUCGCUGGCUUUAGUAUUAACAGGUGUUUUAUACGCUGCACACACACCGGCAAAUUUUACACUCACAGAUUAUAUUUUUUCUCGUGCUGCGGAGCGGUGCGGGAAAGAUAUUUUUUCAAACUGCAUUUGGAAACAUUCGUCGAUAGAGUUUUGAUACUUUGGACGUAUCUUGAGAUUUUGGAUAUAGUUUUAGAUUUCCUUAGUUUCGGUGCAAUAGACAGACUUUCUCAAACUCUUUAUCAAUAUUUGUUUUUGACGUGGUUUUGAAAAAUGAAAAAUUUCGCAUAAUUCUGAAUAUUACUAUUUUGUGACUUGAUUGUUUCAUGUGAUUAUGUUUUGACUGUUUACUUUGUCUUAAUGGAUUAUUUUUCUUUCGGAUAGUUGUAUCAGAUAAUGCUAUCGCAAAAUGCCAGUCCUACUUCUACGAGAAGUCUUCACUACAUCCCUGUCAACACUAGUAGAAAAGGCACAAAGAAAGUCCCCGCCUCUACUAGAAUACGACCUGCAGCUCAAUAAUUGCCAUUUGAAUUUAAUUCUACUAUCCAAACCGGAUAGAAAAAUAAAUUCAACGUCACCAGAUGAAGGAUUCGAAUCCGAUAUAGAUAGUUUAUCCAUAGUAUCUAGUGACAACGAUAGUUUUACCACAGAAAAAUUAACGGAGGGCGAAAGCAAACCGAAUACUGAGACUGAUUCUGCCAACGGCUCCUCAAGUAGUGAUUCUGAUAUCGAAACACCAGAUGCCAAGGUUUUCGAACCACAAGCAAAGAAGCAAGAGUUGUUGGAAAAAGAAAGUUUUAAUCUAGUCGAUUGCAUAUGUUACACUGAUGUCAAAUGCACCAAUAUACUGAUUUUUGUUAUUAAAAAUGAAGCGUUAGUAUUUGCUUUUGAUAAUGUUGGACAUCUGAAAAAUUUUUAUACAAAUUUUACGACUUUGAAAGCGGUGGCAAAUCAAAAAGCUUAUGGGACUAAUUUGAACACUCGGUUUAAUUUACUUCAGAGAACUGAUCAGAAUGGAGUAACUCAUAUAGAAAUUACAAGAGAAGCAGAAAACAGAACAUUGAAGCAAGAAGUACAUACCGGCAUAGAUGAUGUUACUACUCCAGUGAAUAUAAUUGAGAACGUGUCAAAAAAUAAGUUCAAAGAUGUGAAUUCAAGACAAAGAGUAGAAAGUCAACUAAUCAACGACAUUAAAUACAACACUAUUAAUUCGAAGCUAGGUCCAAAAGCUAAAAUAGUGACCAAGUCCAAUUCUAUAGAGAACAUCUUACAUUUAGACAACAGUAAAUCAAAUCUAGUCAAAGAUGAAACAAAAUUGAAGAAGGUUUGGAAUAGUGCGGAAGAUCUUUUGGAACCACCUAAACGACCACAGCGUCGAAGGAAAGGUAGAGCUCCUCAACCACCUAUUAUUCAAGAAAAACAAGAUAUUUAUAGCGGCCAAUUUGUGAGAGUGAGCGUGAGCUUCGAUCCAGUUAAAAAUUUAGAUAAAAAUAGGCUGAUUAUAAAAAGUUCCCUAAACGAACCGCAUCCUAAGAAAUUACAGAAUUUCAACAUAUUGGGAAAACCGAGUAUAACUUCUAUUCUAAGGCCUAAAGAGAAGGAGAUACUCAAGUAUGAAUCGAAAAAAUUAGACAGUACAUCAAAUCGAGGAAAAGUUUUUGAUGGAUGGACCAAUUCAAUGCCGAGAUUGUUGAAAAAACCAAGAAGUAGAUCAGAAACCAGAAACUUCAUACCUAUGGCUUACCGGUACAUAGAUACAACUCAAGAUUACCCUCCAUCUUACACUACCAAUUUAAUAGAAAGAGGGGAUGCUCAUUUUUCAGCGCACAGUCCAAACCUAUCUUUAUCCAAUUAUUUGAGAGGUGAAAAAUAUGCUCAAAAUAUUAACAAUCGACUUUUUGGGCUAAGUCCUAAACUAAGAGAGUUUGCGGACGAGGGAACUGAUAAAGUAGAUGGAAAAUGGAGCGUUAGUGACAGAAAUGUCAUAGUAAAUAAAGAUAAUAAUUUGAAAAGUGUAAUCAAAGUCAAUAAAGAUGAAAAUAAUAAGAAGAAAAAUGAUAAAAAGGUAACUUUUAGUGCCUACACUACGGUACAAGUUGUAUGAGUAGUUUUUUGCAAAUUAUUGAUGAAUAUUCUUAAGGGUAUAAAAAGAAUUCAGCUAGAAUUGAAUAUAAAGACAUUUUUAUUUCAUCAUACCGCAAAUAUUAACAUUAAAAGCCAUAAAUAUAUGCUUCCACUUGAACCUGAUUUAAAUUAGGCAGAUUAAAACUGCCACAUAUUUAGCGUAUGUAACAUGAUAACGUCACGUAUUUGCACUAGCUCAAUAGUAGUGCACUGCUACGAAACUGAUCAAAGUUACAUGAAUAAUUCCUGUUGAAGAAUAAUAUAAAAUUUCCUAGUUGUUGUCUCCUACAGAUGAUGCCAUAUUUGAAAUAUAAAAAGAAUUAGCUAUCAAUGUUUAAUUUUUUAUGUAAUACUCGUAAACACAACCAACAGCAGCAGUUUCCCAGCAAAGUUCACCAUAUUGAUGAACUUAUAUGUAGACCUGAAAAGUUAUCGUUUAUAAUAUACAUUAUUUUUCCUUCCAUUUCUUAAUUCGUAGAACUUUAAUUAUAAGUUUUUUCUGUUGAAUCGACUUUAUUUUAGGUCAUUUUCAAUUGUAAUGACUGUUUUAAUAGAUAUUACUAUCGAAGUUUUGAUUUAUCAGUAAUAUAUUAUUCUAGAUGCCAAUAAAAAUCAAAUUUUAUCAUCAUUUGAAGUAAAUAGAGACAUUCUAUAGAAUGUUUUUAGAUGUGAAUUUUUGGCAGAUAUGUUUAGCACAUUUGAACAUAGCCCUUUUUUCCUUUUUGUAUUGCUAGCACAAGGAUACUAAUAUUUUAUCUGGCGAUGCAAUAUGAAUUGCGUACCAAAAUUCAGUUUUUGGCAUCAUUCAAACUCUCCCACACAACCACGAAAAUGGCAAAAAGACGCAACUUCGAAAGUACUGGUUCAUACCGCAUACAACCUUGACUUAAUAACAUGAGCUUCCAAUUAUAUCAAUUUAGAACAAACUGUUAAACGAUCAGGCAGCAAAAUUUUUUGAGGAUGGUAACAAAAAUCUAGUACCAAAACUUGACAACUGUUCAGAUGUUAGUCGAGACUAUGUUGCAAAAUGUUCAUAUUCCAGUUUGACAUACAUACAGUGAAAAAACGGCGACAUACUAAAAAACAAUAAAUACCAUAUUUUGCAGUUGUUGAAGGGAAAGUGGAUAGUAAGAGAGGACCAGAAAGUAGACUGUAUUCAUGGUUGCACAACCCACGUCAGUGGUUUGGAGUGUCAUCUGUUGAUCUGUUUGGAAACGCAGUGGACAAAACAAGAAUAUCCUUGUUAAUAGCCAACUUUGCAGUCUUCAUGCUUGAUUGUAGGUUAAUUCAAAACUAAUAAUGAGGACAACCGAUUAAAAUUAGUAACCCACUUCUUAAAUUUGACAAAAAUUGAUGGUCGUAGCAAAGAAUCCGGUGCAAAUGAGGAAAACCCAAAAAUAAUAGGUUUCAUUUUAUAUGAAUUAAACCAGAUUGAUGGAGGAAAUUAUAUUAGUCAAACCAGUCUUUUCUUGUUGUUUUUGCUUUUACUUGCUCCAAAUCAAGAUCUCUCUAUAAAUUCUGUAGUUAUAAUCAACUUAGUAGAAUACAAGAAAAUACAUUAUUGAGAAUCUAAAAUUUAAAUUCCUCACGUGAUAUCCUCACGUGAAUAAUGAAUAAUUUGUCACCCAAAUAAUUUCCAAUAAAAAUUCUUCAGUCUCAAUAUACUGGUAGUUCAUAAAAUUUGUGUGACUAGCCCAAUGUAAAUCUCAUAAAACAUGUUUUAUUAGAUUUACAUGAAUGUAGAAGCUGUAUUUGUUUUUAUCAUCAUUUUGUAUUAACUACUUUAAUUUUUAUUUGUUUAAAAAUAAAAAUUGAAACGUACAAAAAUACAAUUGAACCUUGCCGCGGGACUGAAAGUCUGUAGUUUCAACCACCAAGUUUAUUGAGAACGAUUAAACAUAUAGUUGAAUCAGAUCAAUACCGUCAUAAAGUGAAUUGAUAAAUACUAGUCUUUCUCUUUAUUUGAUAUAGUUUUAAUAAAUCAUCAUAUACUUUACUUUGGAAUAUAUAUCAAUGUAAGCUGUUAUCGAACAAAACCCGAUAUGUUUCGUGUGGUAUAACCGUUUAGAAUGAAUGAGGGCUAAUAAAUCAACAAGAUUAUACCGUACCAAUAUAUAAAACGAGCAUAAGCGACAAACAAAUACAUUUUCGCACAAAAAAUAAUACAUAUUUCUUCCUAAAAUAAUAUAUGAAACAAAGAAUUUGGUAAUUCGUGGAAAGCACAAAGCUAAAAUAGAAGAAAUUGAAAUGGGCUAAAUUAAAUCGAUUAAAUCAGGGCAAACGUCAAUAAUUGUUAAAGAUAAUAAUUGAGGAAGUAAACUAAGGGAAGCAAUGGAUUUACCCCAUAGAGGAUUAAAUAAAGAAAAAACUCUGGAGAAUACUAAAAUAAAAAGGACAUAAACACAUGAAAAGGAAUAUGGAGUCUCAGCUCGACGACUUAAAAAACAUAAAGCCAAUAAGAAAAUGAGGGUCCCUUAUAUUUUUAUGUGUAAAACGGGAUAUUACUAAUAUUAAAAAGUUUUUGUGGUUAGAAACGGUUGAAAAUACUUCCGAUAUAUAGGUACAAUUUAAUGUAGUACUGAGUAUAGUAUAUAUUGGUCUUAAGAGACAAAUUAAUUUGUUAAUAAAUCGAAAUAAUAUACAAAUUUUUAUUCUGGUCAGAUAAUAAAUGAGAACUAAGUGCUUGAUAUUUAAUAAUACUGGACACACAUGAAAUUUGUGAGAUAACUAAUAACAACAACUUGUACCUAGUGUAAACUAACAUCAAUGUACCAUAGUCGAUGUUAAAUAUAUUUAGAAGUUUGAGAGCAUUUUGAAACCAAAAAUUGUUGUUAUUGUAUAAAAAUAGUAGAUGCUAUUAGUAUUGCAUUUUCUUCCGAUCAAUAUGAGAGGAAUAUACAGAAAGCGAAUAUUUUGAAAUUGAAUAAAGAAGUAUAUAAAUAACAACAUAACGAUGUACCAUCCUUCAUCAAUGAAUUCUACCUCCUAAGAUCUCGUGACGGGCAACUGCAGCUCGUUGUCGUCUUCAAAACAACGUGAUGUUAAUCAGCUCUUUAUUCUCGCAAAUAAGUGCAAAUCAUUAGGCGAAUGAUCAAUUAAGGAUUUCUCGGGAAUGGUUUACCUUGUAACUUCGGAAUUUACAAUGCAAAAACUUUCUUCGGCAGUUAAUUAGAACUGCUCUCCUAUAGCUGCUAAGUUUGACAGUACUAUUCCGAAAUUAUUUUGACACCACAUUCGAGAAAAUUAAUUUGAAGCAUCAAGUGAUCAUUCUAAAAGACAACGCCAUAAUUGAUUCCUUUCAAUUGCCACAUUCUUCCAGUACCGUAUACUGAUAUAAGGUUCAAACGGCACGAGCCUCAUGAGAUUUAACGAAAUCAAGCGACAGUUACUCAUUUACUUUUACUUAUUUUGAUAUGUACUGAAUUCUAUCUGAAUAAAUCUGCAAUAUCUCAUAAAUAUCGAUGCUUGGGUUUUGUUUUAUAAUGUGAGCCUACAAAUUUUGUAAAAUAUUCUUCCAUGAAUGCCAUAUUAUGACGAUUAUGAUGUUGAUGAAUAUGAUCAAUAAAAUACUCAGGACUGAAUUACCAACAAGAUCACCAGAUUUGAUAUAUAGCAAGUAGAAUAUACUGUUAGAUUAACCUGCAGUUUUAUCAAGAAAAAAGUAGUGAUCUUAAGCAUCCUUUCUAUCUAGCAUCUAUCUCACAAUUCAGUUGUACACGUUUGUCUCGUUAACUGUUCCGAUUCGAUCUAUCAGCCAAUGAAGGUGAUUAGAAAAACUAAGUUGCCUCAUAAGAUUCAACUAAAUCCAGUGAGAUUGAAGUUACUCAUUUACUUUUGCCUAAUUGAAUUCUAUCUAAAUCAAUCUGCAAAAUCUCAUAACUAUCGACGCUUGGAUUUUGUCUUAGAAUGUGAACCCACAAAUUUUGUGAAAUAUUUUUCCGUGGAAGUCAUAUUAUGAUGACGAUGUUGAUGAAUAUGAUCAAUAACAUACUCAGGUAUGAAUUACCCACAAGAUCAACAGAUUUGAUAUCUGGCAAAUUAUUGUAUUUUUAUUUAGAAAAUAGUAGGGAGCUUGAGCAUCCUUUCUAUGGAGUGUCGUUAUGUCUCGCAAUUCAUCUGACACGUUUGUCUCAUUAACUGUUAAGAUUCAAUUUAUUAGAGAAUGCAGGUGUACAGAAAUAUCUAAGUUGCCUCCGUUCGCUCAGCUUUCUUCAUUCUAGGACAAUCUUUUCCAACUCUGUGGUGGCCUAGCUUUAUUUACAAUUUUACAAUUUCGUGCAAGCUGGUUCGGAUAUUUUUGAAUUACAUUAUUUCUAUUCACUUCACACGCAUGCUAAUAAUUUUUUUUAACUACAAUAAUUUUAAUAUCGAAAAUACUGGUAGCAAAUACAUGUUUCAGUUUGUUGAGACAUUGAAUAAUUACUAAUUACUUUCUUAUUAGCCUUUGUAUAUUAAUUUCAGUGGGAUUCAAAUAUUUUUUAUCACGUUCUGUAGUAACAUUUUCCACGUCCUCUUAUUACCGUAAUGGUCAGUGAGGUAACUAAUUUAACCAAUACAAACAAACAGUUGAAAGCAACGACUCUAAAAAGUUUUACACCUUUUUAAAAAAAUGAUUCUGACCUACAAAAACCAUAAAAUAUUCUUUCAAUCUACCGAAGCUGUAGAGUUGAAUUUUCACUAGUAGAUAGCUCCACUACUGUUACAAUGAUAUUUCCAAUAAACGUAAAAAAAUUUGAUCCGUCAUGGGUCGACUAUAGGGAAUAAUCCACUCAUUUGAUGUAAUCUAAACGUUUAUUCUGCAUCAUAUUACAUAACUCGAUGCUUUUUUAUAAAACACAAAAUACACAAACUAGUAUCAUAGAAUUACAGUAAGUAAACAUUUUUACAUUACGUAAUUUCACAAAUAUUUUCUUCACGUAGGAUGAAUUUUCAAUUAGUUUGUAUAAUAAAAAUAGAAUUAUAUGACAUAUAUGUUUGAUUUUAAAAAGCUCUUAAAUGUCAAUAAAACUCAUAGGUAUUUAACAUGAAUGUUCAAAUGUGCAAGGUUAACAUGUUAGAGAUUACAUAAUUAUAUAAGAAUGGAGAUUUGAAAAUGUAUAGUUAUUCUUGUAUAUUAUAUAUUACGUAAUUGUAAAUAUGUAAAAACUUUAUUCAAUAUUAUAUUUCGUGUCGAA